AUGCCUUGCCUUACUGGUGAUUCUAUAACUUCUUUAUCAUGUCAAGAUUCUACUCAUUAUUAUUGCAACCUUACAGACCAUAUGUGCUACUCAAGAGUCGAAGACAAUUCACAAUGUCAAGACGACUCUGUAUGCAAUAUAAACUCAAUUUGUAGUGGAAACGUAUGUGUUCCUUCAGGUAGCUCUAAUAAUUCUUCGAUUGACGCUGGUAAAGUUGCUACAAUAGUUGGACCUAUUCUUGGAGCAUUACUACUUUUCGCUAUUUUAUUCUUAUUCUUUUGUUGUAGACGUAGAAAAAAAAGAAGAGAGAAUAAUAAUGUUGGUUCUAUGGAUGAUAAUUCUUAUCCAUUUGCCGCAAGGCCAAAUUCAUUCUCAAGCAGUACACCGCCACCUGUUCCCACAAUUCCUCUAGCAAGAAAUUCACCUGAAAAUAAUAAACUUGAAAAUCAGACAAACUCUAGUAUGACAUGGAAUCAGACAAGCUCUAGUACGAUAUGGAAUCAGGCCAACACUAAUCAGACAAACACUACUACUACAACAUAUUUAUCAGGUACAUCAACCUUUAAUGAUGUAGCAAGUGAACAAUCCACGGAAAAUGUUAGAUUAUCAAAAUUCAUGUAUAUUUCUAAUGCAUUAAAUAAUGGAAACAACGAUUUAAGAGAUUCAAACUCAUCAUCAAGUAGUGAGAAGAUAGAUUCAAGAACUGGAACACCUAUUAGACCAUUUGUAGUAAAUGGAAUAUCUAGUGAAAUGAAUUCACCAACAUUACCAUUAGAAGAUUUAACAGAUCGUGGAUCAACAAUAUCGUACUUUGCAAAUAAUAGUAAUAGAGAUUCAGAUGUUUUACCAACUAUGGAUCAAGAUGAAUUUGGAAAAUCACCAGAAUCAGUAUAUUUAGGACUUGAAUUUACACAACCUGAAACAAGACCUUCUAAAGGAAGAUAUACAAUGGGAUCAAUGUAUUCAACAUAUUCAACAUAUUCACAAGAUUAUUCUAAUUAUCCAGCUUCACCAUCAACAUUUAACAUUUUGCGUGGAGUACAAUCUUCAGUAACUACUGGUAAAAUUGAUCAUUCAAGAUUACGUAAUGAUAGUUUUAGUACAGUAACUACACAAACCAUUUCUCAAACAUAUGAUGAUUCUAGAAGUUCAUAUAUUCAAUUAAAUGCACCAAUAUUUAGUAAUUUUAAUAAUAAUGGUAGUGGUAGUAAUAGUUUAACAAAUACACCGACUCAUGAAUAUUCAGAUUCAACAUAUUCUACAGCGUCUUCAUUGAAUAGUAAUUCCAACAGUACUUCCAGUAGUGAUCAUACUGUGACGCAAAAAAAUAUGUAUUCAACCAAUAGAAGUGAUCAAACUAGAAAAUAUGGAAAUCGAUGCUAA